CGGUAUAAAAGGUUAUGCAUAUUGAUUGCUCUAGACAGGUAGACGUAUACAGAAAAGGAAGUAAAUUACCACAUAUUUUAAAUCGAAAGUGUAAUUUGUUUUAAGUUAUAAACUGUUGACGUUAAUCUAUAAUCUGGACAAAGGACAGAAUGACUUCCUGUAUCAAUCUUGUGGUUAUCAUAGAGACGGUUGCUUUAGCCUCACUUAUUCUUCUUGUGUUGGGUUUGUUGAUAGCCAAAUAUUUAGGAUGUAUAGAAAUUUAUCGUCCUAAAAGAAGGCGCCGGAAUUACUUAGACCUUGAGGAGUCCAAUGAAAGGAGCAACAAAGGCAAUGAUCAGGUGGACAAUUGGAUACAAAAAAGACUGAGCAGGUUAGACGAAAUUGAAGCGUCGUAUGAAAAUCAGAAACAAAAAAUCAAGUCACUCCAAGAGCAGCUUAGUCAGGAAAGGGUGGAAAAGAAGAAAGAAAUAGCUGAAAAAGAAGAUGCUCUGAAACGACUGAGUGCUAUCAUGUCAAGCCGUUUGAAAGAUGGAAAUCCUAAUGUAGCAGAUCUGAAUGAUCAAAAUCGCCCAACCAAAAUAGGAGAACAGUUUUCAGAACUUUAUGACAAUCAAUGGACCGAUGCAUAUGGUGUCAUUGAGACUUAUUUUGAUCAACAGAAGAAUGAAUCUGAAAUCAUAGGCAUGCUGCUAGACAUUUUAGAGCAAUGUUUCAAGUUUUGUAAAGACAAGGCAAAUGAUCAGUUAACACACUUAAAUGACGACGUGAAGAAACUUGUACUAAUAGUUACAAAAAAAGACACUAAGCUAAUAGGUGACCUAAUGCAGCGCAUUAAAGAGGAAAGAAAACUGUGUGCAGUAGACGAACAACCAAAAUAUAGUGAGAUUGCGUCUACCACAAAGGAACACUUCUCAGCAAAAGAGACCAAAGCGGAUUUUCUAGAUAACCUUACAGUUAUACAGUUUACGCAGGAAUGUUUAAAGUUGUGUUGGUUGAUGGUAAUACAAGAUCCUCCAAUGUCUAUGAUUUUGAAACACACAGAGAAUGUACAUGAAGAGUUUAAGGCUUACAAGAACAGGGGCAAACACGUUUCUUUUGUUGUAUGGCCUGCCUUGCUUCUUGAAGAAGCAGGAUCGCUCAUAUCGAAAGGAAUUGCCGAAUUCCACCAGUAAAGCUAACAUACUGCACAUAAGAGACAUGCUAUACAUUUGUGUUUUAGAAAUAAGGUGAAAGUGAAAUGUUAGAAUUACAGUUAUGUACAACUGGCUAAAAGAUGUUCAUGCUUAAUGGCAGCUUCAAUGAAAUUGACUGUGUCCACAAUAAAACAGCCUGCCCAAUUAUAUGCUUAAAUGUAUUGAUCUGUUGUAUAUAAGUUUACUCCACAUUGUAACCUGGUAUUUCUUUGUGUCAUGGAUUUUGUAAUAGAAUUAGAUAUACUGUAAUCGCAAAUAUAAGCAUUUUUAGCAAAUUCCCCAAUAAACAGUUUUAUCAAAAAAUA